AUGCCGACUACAACACCCAACCAGAAAAUCACCAAAGUCAAACAUUUUGGUGGUGAGUGGGUCGAAAUCAGGCUCGUAGGAGAUACAUUUGACGUGGCCAAUAAAGUGGCACACAGGUUUUCUGAUGAUGAAGAUAUCCCGUACAUCCACCCUUUCAACGAUGAAGAUGUGAUGGCCGGUCAGGGUACGGUAGCCAAAGAGAUACUGGAUGAUAUAGAUGUACCACUGGAUUUUCUUCUGGUGGCAGUGGGUGGUGGUGGUUUGAUAUCCGGUGCAGGAUCAUACUUUCGUCAGAAGAGCCCUGGUACAAAAAUCAUAGCUGUCGAAGCA